CUGAGAAAACGGAAAUCAGGUUUAGUAAACACAUUGAAGUUCCAAACGUAGAAACGACAGACAACGACAACGAGAAGAUGCUGAUCUAUGGGGCAUUGUUUCAUCUUUUGUCUCGUCACAACCCAGUCUUAAUAUUUUCAGUCGGCGCAGUUAAUGUAAAGAUUGUGUCUUUUUUAGAAUUGUUUCAUUAUCCCGUGAGCAAAAUAUUGACGGAGGAGGGCAAUCUCUACGAAUAAUUAAAAUACCCACUAAAGUGAAUUAACUGGUGCAAAUAAUGGGAGGCCAUAGCGGUUACAGGCCACCUCCUUACAUACCUCUGGGACAAUCAGAUCUAGAAGCAGUAGAAGAAGUUGUUCAAUCGAGUGCAACUGCUCAUGCACCUUCUGCUCUUCAUCCCCGGCCUCCACAGUGGUCUUCUGGAAUCUGUGCUUGUUUUGAUGAUAUGGAGAGCUGCUUCAUAGGUCUUGUCUGCCCUUUCUAUCUCUUUGGAAAAAAUGCAGAACAUUUGGGUUCUGGGACUUUCAUGGGACCGUGCACGACCCAUCUAAUAUUCUGGGCUCUAAUGAAUAUGGUCUGCUGCACAUUAUCUGAUGGAGUUCUCUUGGGACUACCUGGAUGCUUUAUCGCAUGUUAUGCCUGUGGUUAUCGCAAGACCCUAAGGACAAUGUAUAACUUACCGGAGGCACCUUGUGGAGAUUUCGUGUCUCAUUUUUUCUGCCAUUUGUGCGCCAUUUGUCAAGAAUAUAGAGAAAUCCGUGAAAGACUUGGUGCUUCAAACUCGGUUGAUUCGAACUCUGCUACAGUUGUGGCCCCUACUCUACAAACAAUGAAAUGAUCUUUUUUUUGUAACUGAUGGAUGCUCUUGCAACAUGUAUAUCAGUAGUAAAUGAAUAUCCUUAACAACAAUAAAUCGGCAGUGUUUCUCUUUUAGGGGUUUCUUUCUUCGUAGUCUUAUGGGCUGAAAAGGGUGUGUAAUCUCUGUAUCUUUUGUUUGGAUUUUAUCUACAAGAGAUUUGUCAUCAAAAUUUAUCAAUUUCCUUUUGGGA